GCUCUUUCAUUGACCAGGCCGGGCCAAACCCUGUGAGAUACUCCAAAAAAGGACAGGCAUCACUUGGAAUGUGCCUCCCCUGUGAGAGAGGUCCCCUCUGGACUCUGUUUAAAUGGGCCCAUCUGACGGUCUGGCCACACUCACCACCUGCUGCGUCUAGAGCCAGUGGAGCCUGUUCCAGAGCCAGUUCAGGAUGUCCAAAGUCAAGACAGCCCCCCCUCCGGGGUGUGCCCUCAACAUAAAUGACCCCCAGGUGCAGGAAGCAGCAAUUCGUAUUCAGGCGUCUUACAGAGGCCACAGGUCACGUAAGGAGCUACGUGAGAAAGGGCCCCCCAAGGUCCUGCAGCCGCUGACAGAUGUGCUGCUGCUGGAAGGCAGCGCAGCCAAGCUAGAGUGCCGGGUCAGCGCCUUUCCCGACCCCUUCAUUGUCUGGUCCAAGGAUGGCCGGGAGCUCAAGGAUGGGCCCAAGUAUCGCUAUGUGUUUGAGGACCCCGACGUGGUGGCCCUGGUGGUGUGUGACGGCGUGUUGGGCGACCUGGGCCAAUACACUGUGAAGAUCAAGAACCCCUUUGGGGAGACCUCAGACUCAGCCUGCAUCAUGGUGGAGGUGCCUGCCAAGAUCGCCAAGGGCCCCGACAGUGUGAAGGUGAAGAGGGGGUCGAUGGUGAAGCUGAGAGCUGAGAUCAGCGGGGAGCCAGCGCCUGAUGUAGGCUGGCUAAAGGACGGGGAUGACAUCAAUGAGGAUGACAGGGUUUACUUUGAUGUCGGAGACACUGACACGAUCCUAACCAUCAAAAACGCACACCUCGCAGACACAGGGAAGUACGAGGUCUUUGUGGAGAACAAACUUGGAGUGGAUCAGUCUUUUGCCCGUUUGGACAUCCUGUGAAGAGGAAGGGCAGGUGUGGACUUCUGCCCUGUGGCCCUCUCUGCUCUGAUAUCCGAUACAGGUUACUUCUUCAUCACAGGGCUAGGAGGAACCAGGUGCCUGACCUAUAGAAAAUCACCUUGCAGUAAGGAUGAAUCUGAGCUACAUGAGAUGCAGGAUGUCUCACCCAUCAGUUUCCCGUGUCUCUUCCUCAUGAGAAAAAGCACAUCAAACCAUCGGCAAAUGCUCUAUUCAGAAGCUAUAGGCUUGGAGAUCCAUCCUUGGACAGGUGGAGGCCCUGACUUAAUCUCCCAUCAGCAUCUCUGAUAUUUAAUAAAGGACUGUACAUUUCUCUAA